AUGGCACCAGUCGGACUGCCUCCUGGCUUCAGGUUCCACCCAACAGACGAAGAGCUUGUCAACUAUUAUCUCAAGAGGAAAAUCAAUGGCCAAGAAAUUGAACUCGACAUUAUUCCUGAGGUUGAUCUCUACAAAUGUGAACCCUGGGAGUUAGCAGAGAAAUCGUUCUUGCCAAGUAGAGACCCGGAGUGGUACUUCUUUGGACCGAGGGACAGAAAAUACCCGAAUGGGUUCAGAACCAACAGAGCGACUCGGGCCGGAUAUUGGAAGUCUACUGGAAAGGACAGGCGGGUUACAUGCCAGACCCGACCCAUUGGAAUGAAGAAGACGUUGGUUUACUACAGAGGCCGAGCUCCUCAGGGGAUUAGAACUGAUUGGGUCAUGCAUGAAUAUCGCCUCGACGACAAAGAGUUUGAGGACACCUCCGGAAUUCAGGAUACAUAUGCACUUUGUCGGGUGUUCAAGAAAAAUGGAAUCUGCUCUGAAAUUGAUCAAGAGCAAGGGCAAUGUAGUAUAUCAUUACUUGAAGGGUCGCAGGGUGUGAUAAAUGAUUAUGAAACCAUGUCUCCAGAUGUUACCAUGGCAUCAUCAUCAUGCAUGGAUGAGGAAGAUAAAGAUGAUUCAUGGAUGCAGUUCAUCACAGAUGAUGCAUGGUGUUCUUCUAGCGCAGCUAUGGGUGGUGCUGGUGGUGGUGAAGAAAUCUCUCGCAUGGCAUUCACAAACUAAAGAGUUCAUAGCAUGCAUGGAAUGGAAUGGAUGAUUGGUGGCGAAUAACAUAAACUGGAUAUAUCUUUUAUAUAAUAAGACACUUUUUUCCAAACAGUUCCUAAGAUUUUCUCAAUUUUCAUAAUUUGUAGAUUAAUUAUCUUUACUGGGAUAUGAUGGUAUGGUUAUUGGGUUGCUUCAUUACAUAGGGUCAUAUUAUCAUCAGAUGACUCUCUGGAAUUUUAUUUUUUAUUAGCCUCUUCUU